CAGACGCCGAGCGGGGCCGGCUCCUCCCCGCCGGUUAGGAGGGUCUCGCAAUGAGCCGGGCCCGGCAGCUGCAGAAGCCCCGGCCGGGUCGGAGGCUCCGGGCAUCCCUGGAAGAAGCCGCGGCGGGGCCAGGCCGGCCUUUUCCCCGCGGAAGCUCCGCCUCCCCCGACUCGGGUGAUCGAACCAGAUCCAGCUGCGGUUUGAUAGAAGAGGAACUGCAGUAGUUUCCCGCUCACGGUUCAAGGAACUGGUUAAUCAUGAGCCCGCAGGAAAAACCCAAAGACGCGUUCCACCGCGUGGGAAUCAUAUUUUUUCUCCUGGGCUUAGGAACUCUUCUUCCUUGGAAUUUUUUCAUCACGGCCAUUCCGUAUUUCGAAACCAGGCUCAGGGGGAAUUGUUCUCUCGGAUGGAAAUCAGACAGCCUCGAACCCCCAGCCGGUGGGAAUCAGACAGCUGAGAAUCAGACAGCCUUGAACUCCCAGCCGGCGUCCGCCUGCGAAGACGAAUUCAGCUUCAGUAACUGGCUGACCCUCCUUUCUCAGUUGCCUUUGCUGCUUUUCACCUUUCUCAACUCCGUCCUCUACCGGUGCAUUUCAGACAAAGUGCGCAUUUUGGGAAGCCUGACUGGGAUCCUGUUCCUCUUCGUGCUGACCGCCAUCCUGGUUAAGGUGAUGAUGUCACCCCAGAGUUUUUUCUCCAUCACCAUGGCGAGCGUCUGGUUCAUUAACUCCUUCUGUGCCGUCCUGCAAGGCAGUCUUUUCGGCCUGCUGGGGUCUUUUCCGCAAAGAUACAGCACCCUGUUCCUCAGCGGUCAAGGAAUGGCGGGAACGUUUGCCGCCAUCGCCAUGUUGCUUUCCAUGGCCAGUGGCUUGAAUCUCCUGUCUUCUGCCCUGAUCUAUUUCGUCACCCCCUGUGUUGGGACCUUACUUUCUAUUGCCUGUUACCUCUUGCUGCCCCAUCAGACCUUCACUCGUUACUAUCUGGACAAGAGGCCACCAGAAGAUUCGAGAUGUGAACUGGAGACCAAGGCAGGUCUCCUUUCUCCAGAGAACGGCUCCGCUCUUGUGGCAGACAGUUCCAAAGGAGAACCGCUCAACGUGAAGAACGGGAACGCCGUGGUCAUGGAGAAGGGUGGCUCGGCUUGCCCGCCAGAAAUCAUGAAUGGGGGGAGUGAGGUGGGCAUGAUUGCCCCCAACCCCUCCCUUUUCAGUGUGCUCAAGAAGAUUUGGCUGCUGGCCCUGUCCAUCGUUAUGGACUUCUCCAUUACCCUCUCGGUGUUUCCGGCUAUUACCACGAGAAUCGCCAGCUCCUCUCGGGACCAGUCUUGGCAGAAGUUCUUCACUCCCGUUUGCUGCUUCCUUCUCUUCAACGUCAUGGACUGGUUGGGCCGGAGUUCGACUUCCUACUUCCUCUGGCCGCAGAAGCACCUUCGGCUCCUUCCCGCCGCAGUGGGCCUGCGCGUCUUCCUCAUCCCCAUGUUUCUUUUCUGCAACAUCCCGAGGCAGACCGAGUGGCCUGUCCUUUUUCACCACGACGCCUGGUUUGUCGUCCUGAUGGUGGUUUUUUCCCUCUCCAACGGCUACUUCGUCUCCCUCACCAUGUCCCUGGCCCCCAAGCAGGUCCAGCCGGAAGAGAGUGAGCUGGUGGGGGCCAUCAUGACAUUUUUCCUGGCAUUGGGCCUCUCCUGUGGGGCAGCCCUCUCCUUCCUCCUCAAGUUGCUCCUUUGACGGACUCCCUCCUGCCACUCCGACACCUGGCAACAACUUCAAGAUUGCAAAGAUUUUGCCUCCGUAUCUCUUGAAGGCUUCAGGGGCGGCUGAGGGGGAGCCCCCCCCCCCCCACGAUUUUCCUCCAAGCCCCCUCCACAUGGCAGCUAUGAAAUCUCCCUUUGUGAUGAGGAAGAAUAUAUAUAUAUAUAUAUAUAUGCAACAUUCUGCUUAGCCCCGUCUUUUUCUGCAGACAUUUGAAUGUAUUGCGGAAAGGAACAUUCUGGAUUUUUGCAGCUGGCAUUUUUGCAAAACGGUCUCAUUCCCAUUCUCCCUCGUUUGGGUCGUUUUUGGCACCCUGGGAAUGUAUUGCCAAAACCUACAGGACUAGUAACUUGGAUGACAAAAAGGGACCGAGUUGGACCGGGGGGGGGAAAAAAAACCCCACAGCUCUCAACUUUUCCAGGAAGGAAAGAAAGAAUUAAUGGUGAUGACUCCUUAAAUUUGUCUCUAAAUUGCAGGAGAUCCGGAAGAUUCAGAUUAGAUUCAGAUUAACAGAAUUGGAAGGGACCUUAUAGGUCAUCUAGUCCAACCCCCUGCCCAAGCAGGAGAUAUUAGAUAAUUCGGGUCAGAGCUAAUUCUGCAGGCAUCGGUUCUCCCUACGUGGCAGACUGUGCUGAAACAAGUUUGAAAAAGAGUGGGGGGAAAAUUUCCUAGAUCCGCGAUGGCGAACGUAUGGCACGUGUGCCACAGGUGACACACGAAGCCAUAUCUGUGCGCACGCUAGCGUUGCCCUAGCUCAGCUCCAGUGCACGUGUGCGCGCCGGCCAGCUGAUUUUCAGGCCUUCCGGGCCCACCGGAAGUCGGGAAACGGGCUGUUUCUGGGAGGGUGGGGAAGGCUGUUUUCGCCCUCCCCAGGCUCCAAGAAAGACCCUGGAGCCUGGGGAGGGCGAAAAAUGGGUCUACCGGGCCCACCGUGCCAUUGUGUGCCAAAAACAGGGGAGCACGGGGGGGUUGUAUGCACAUGCGCGGGGCGCAUUGAAUUAUGUGUGUAGGCACGCGCACACGUGACCCCCCCACGCUCCCCCACGCUUUUGGCACGCGACAGCAAAAAAGUUAGCCAUCACUGUCCUAGGUGAACCGAAAAUGAAGAAAGAGCCCCCAAAAUAAGUUGGAGAGGCAUCUUGGGAUAAAGAUAAAGAACAGGGCCAGGUUCUUAUAUCCUGGGAUAAACAUUUUUGGGGUUCAGGCGAGGGCUGUGCAGCGUUUGAGUAGCACUGGUCCGAUUUCACUCGGCAUUUGAAUCAAAAUAGAAUGCAGAUUGUGUGCAUGUAAACGGAAAACUGAAUUAGAAAAGGAACUAUGGAGUAACUGGUUACUUGGUCACUACCUCUCAUCUGUUCUGCUUAGUGAACUAAACUCAACUAAAGCUGUUUUUUCUUGGGGGGGGGGUGAGAAAAACAUCCAUAUAUAGCUAUACCUGUCCUGUUAUUGGGUCAAGGGACAGUUUAAACCAGGGGUGUCCAACUUUGGCAACUUUGAAGACCUCACGGACUUCAACUCCCAGAAUUCUCUGUGUUGGCUGCUUAGGCAUUCUGGGAAUUGAAGUCCACAGGUCUUCAUAGUUGCAAGAUUGGACAGUCUUGGUUUAAACGAUAAUUUAUUUCCUCCGUGAAAAAUAUAUAUCGCCUAAAAUCCUGCCCUAAUAGCAGUUAGUGGGUAAAUUUAGAUCAAUCUUAGUCUUAAAUUCUUGUCUUUUAGAUGUGUGGGAACUGCAACUCCCAGAAUCCCCUUGUCUUUAGGCAGAUUGGCUAAGAAUUCUGGGAAGUGCCAUCCCAAACAUGGCAGGAAAGGAUCCCUUAAGAGGAGCCAGUAGAUUCCUUUACAGGGAUGCUGGUUAGGCCACGGUUUGGGAUCUUAGAGGACUUCCAGAUCUAGAACCAUAACUUCCUUAUCGUCUUCGUCGUGAUAUUAAGUGCAUCCUAAUUUUUAUUGAUGGUUGGAUGGCUCCAAAGAUGGCGAAAUUCGCAAACAGGGACGUGACCUUUUGUCUUUUCCCAUUUUGAACAGAUCUAGUAAGCGAGCCAGUUUAAAUCAGGACAAAAACUUCAAAGCGUGCGUCUUUUGUGUUUUCAAAAGGGAAAUCUUCCUUGCAUGUACAUUAUAUCGAUUUUUUUUUUAAAAAAAAUAAUUAUUAUUUUAUUGUUGCCUCGAGUGGAUAUGGGGAACGUGCUAAUAAAUAUAUAUUUUUUUUUAA